AUGGAGAGCUGCAUUCAUGACUGUCCAAUCUGAUUUGCCGAUUCUCUGUUCAUGUAAUGGGCGGGAUAAUGAGUUGUCCUUGGGGACUGCAGUGCGGGAGGGUCCUUUUUUCAGUGCCCUGGUGAUGUGGACACUUCCCAUUGCAUGUACCAGGGGCGGACUGACCAUUCAAGCACUCUGGCACUGCCCGAGGGCCCGGGUUCAGUAGGGGGCCCCAUGAGAUGCCCCUGGUACCUUUUUCAUAGGCUUUUAUGAGUUUGGGCAAGGACACAGGAGCCCCAUGAUCCCCUAUUGCCCGGGGCCCUUAUGA